CUUAAUUGUUCUAGUUCCAUUCAAUAUUCGGUUGCCGUAAUUUAUUAAUGUAAACAGUCCGUUUUAUUAUUUUGUGACCUCUGCAUUAUACAAUAAUUCCAACUUGUGAACUCAUAUAUUCACAUCACUAACACAUAUACAUAUAUGCAUAGACAUAUAUAUUUAUAGUUUUUUUUUUGAUCAAAACAUAUAUAGUUUAAAUACACAAAUCUGAGUGUUUAUAAAAGUCAUUGUACACUAGUGUCUCCUCUCUCUCAUCCUUUUGGUAUAAUUAGAAAGAGUGGACAUGUUUUGAGUCUUUCUUGAGCCUCCCAACAACCAUGGCCUUGCUUCCGGUGAAGCCUCUAUCUUUCCACCGCUUUCAGGUUUUCCCCCGGCAUCUUAUUACUCCGGCUGUUUCAACAGUUCCGGCAAUGGUUUCUGCCGGUUUCAAAAGCCAUCAUUUCGUAGGGCUCUCUUCUUAUGAUCUAUGUAUCCAUGAAUCUGUAAGUCAUAUGAGAAGCCUAAGGUCGUGGAGUAAUCGUCGCCGAGUAAGCAAAACCGUCGGCGUGUCUAUGCCGGUGGCUUCGGCUGAGGAUUUACCGGCGGCUUCUUGGGAUUCAUGGAAGCCCGAUAAGACCACGGUGGCUCCGUCACCUAGUGACGUCAUUUGGCCUGCAGCAGGAGCGUUUGCGGCUAUGGCAAUAAUGGGAAGGAUAGAUCAAAUGUUAAACCCUAAAGGGAUCUCAAUGUCGGUUGCACCACUUGGUGCCGUUUCUGCCAUUCUCUUCACCACUCCUUCUGUACCUGCUGCUAGGAAAUACAAUAUAUUCAUGGCUCAAAUAGGUUGUGCAGCCAUUGGAGUAUUGACUUUCUCCAUCUUUGGGCCUGGUUGGCUCUCCCGCAGCAUCGCACUCGCUGCUUCCAUUGCAUUUAUGGUCAUUGCUCGUGCUAAUCAUCCUCCUGCGGCAAGUUUACCACUACUGUUCAUAGACGGGGCAAAGUUACAAAAGUUAAACUUUUGGUACGUAUUAUUCCCCAGUGCAGCGGCUUGCAUCCUCCUCUGCUUCCUCCAAGAGAUCGUGUGCUACUUGAAGAAAAACUUGAAAUUUUGAUGAAUGGAAAAGGGAGAAGUCAAGAGUGUUAUAUGCAUGUAUAGACACAUUGGUGGAGGAGUUCAUGUGCAGAUUUUUUAUAUAUAUUAGACGUUUAUCGAAGAUGGUCGACGUACACAUACAUUAAAAAAAUAUAUACGUACAAAUAUACAUACUUUCACAAAACUUGUUUUUUCUGGGGGGUUUUUACGUUGAGCUCAGAUAUUUUAAUGAAACAAUAUUGCAUACCAGUACUAUCUAUCAUCAUACAUCUUAGACACAUGGACACGGUAUAAUUAAGAUUGUUUUCUCGAUCUUUACAAAAGUGUUCUAUGGUUCGAUGGAAAAUCUUGUUCUUAUGACGGUGAGUACACACUCCAGAUGUUCAAAGUAGAAAUUCACAGUUGGGUGAUUAUUAGGUUUUUGUGUUUCUUUCAAUAUAUAGUCCACUAGUUAGUUAUACAAUUAUUCGCAAAACUUUUGACGAUUAUAUAUCAUUUCACUAUGGUUACAAUCAUAAUAAGACAUUGUUGACAGGGAUGUUUUUAAUUGAUUAGUUCACAUGUUUGGAAAUU